GGGUCCGUGGGUGGAGAAGCUGAUGGGAGCCGGCGGACAUUCCAAUGACAACCGAGACUUGUUAUUUACACCCGCCUCCAACUGCGUUUUAUCCUGUUCCUAAUUCUUCUUCUUCUCUCUCUCUCUAGAUUCAUUGUUUCAUUUCCUCAUAGAGAUCAAUCUCCACCUCCUGCAUUUUCUCUCGCUCCUUAAUCCAUGGAUUCCGCCUCCCUUCUCCGCUCCUUCAAGUGUUCUGUAGGUGCUGUAUCGCAUGCACGGUCUGUAUCUCAGAAGCCUUGCAUGGUUUCUGCACACAAUGCGGCCUGCCCCACUGUAAGUAAAUCACAAAUCCAAGGCCUGGCAUUUGGUGGCUCUAGUCAAAUAAAGCGGCAAGGAAUGGUAGUUUCAUGUAUAAAGGCAACCGAAACUACGGCGGCAGUUAAGUCUGGUGAUGCGCAGCCACUAGAAUCGCUGAAAAAGAAUCUGCGAAGUGUAUCAUUUCCUGAUGGAUUUGAGGCAUUGAUGCUGGAGGUCUGCGACGAGACAGAAGUUGCUGAGCUGAAAUUAAAGGUUGGAGACUUUGAAAUGCAUCUGAAGCGGAACAUCGGUGCGACAAAAGCUCCCCGUCCAGUUUCUACUCCAACAUCUCCACUUCAUCGCAGUGAACCAGUGAUUGAAUCAUCUCCUGAUUCCCCGCCAUCACCGAAAUCCUCAACAGAAAACGCAAGUCCAUUUACGAAUGUCCCUGUGGAAACUUCAGCUAAGUUAGCAGCACUGGAGGCUUCUGGAUCUAGUGGAUAUGAUCUUGUGUUGUCUACUUUGGUUGGCACAUUCCGUAGGGGCAGAACAUUGAAAGGAGACAAGCAACCUUCUAUUUGUCACGAGGGUGAUGUAAUCAAAGAAGGACAAGUGAUAGGCUAUAUGGAUCAGUCUGGGACUGAACUUCCAGUGAAGUCAGAUAAGGCCGGAUAUGUGUUAAAGCUUCUCUUUGAUGAUGGAGAAGCUGUUGGUUACGGGGAUCCCCUUGUUGCCUUGUUGCCAUAACUUUGUGGUAUCGAUCCCGUCUCCUUCCUGCGAUAACUUUGCAAGUCACCUUUGCCGGAGAGCGCUAGGGUUUGCAAUUUUCUUUACGAGCCCGGUGAAGCUGAUGAUUUAGCUUGCCACUGUUUGAGUUAAAUGGACUUCAGACAUUUUGAAAUACUUAUCUAUAACUUUUUCUUCUCUGUUUUGGCAAUAAUAAGACCUACGAUUUCUUUAGAACA